GCCCGUUUUUGGAGACGAGCGCAUCCUGCUGCUCCUCCUCCUCGGGGGAGGGGUCACCACCACCGGCGCUAUUUAUUGAGUAGGUUGCUCACGGACAAAGUGAUCCCCCUGCUACACACUCAAGCCACACACAGCUCCUAACGUGACAUUACGAACGAGUGGUAAACAUGGAGUAUGACAUCUCAUUUGACUUCUUCGACAACAUUACCGACAACCUCUCAGAGGGGUCUGGAGACUAUGACCUGGGCCAGGAGGCAUGUGGCGUAGCGCUCAACAAAGACUUCAACAAGAUCUUCCUGCCCACAGUUUAUGGAAUAAUAUUUGUUCUGGGAAUCAUUGGCAAUGGAUUAGUCGUUGUUGUCAUGGGCUACCAGAAAAAGGUCAAAACGAUGACGGACAAGUACCGGCUCCAUCUCUCUGUGGCUGACCUCCUGUUCGUCCUCACACUGCCCUUCUGGGCCGUAGAUGCGACCAGCACCUGGUAUUUUGGAAGUUUCCUCUGUGUGUCUGUGCACAUGAUCUACACAGUCAACCUGUACAGCAGUGUGUUGAUCCUGGCCUUCAUCAGUCUGGACAGAUACUUGGCAGUUGUGCGGGCUACCAACAGCCAAGCCACGAGGAAACUGCUUGCGAGCAGAGUGAUCUAUGUGGGCGUGUGGCUGCCUGCAGCUGUGCUGACUGUACCUGACCUUGUCUUUGCCAGGGUGCAAAACACCGGGUCUUCAAACUUCCACCUCUCCGACGAAAGCAUGGACACUGCAGACUCCACGCUCAUCUGCCAGCGGAUCUACCCGCAGGAAACCAGUGUCAUUUGGACUGUCGUUUUCCGCUUCCAGCACAUCCUGGUGGGCUUCAUACUGCCCGGUCUGGUCAUCCUCAUCUGCUACUGCAUCAUCAUCGCCAAGCUGUCGCGAGGCUCCAAGGUCCAGGCACUGAAGAAGAAAGCUCUGAAGACCACGGUCAUCCUCAUCCUGUGUUUUUUCUCCUGCUGGCUGCCCUACUGUGUUGGCAUCUUUUUGGACACCCUCAUGAUGCUGAACGUGGUCGAACCCUCUUGUAAACUGCAACAAGCAGUGGAGAUGUGGAUUUCUGUCACAGAGGCGCUGGCCUAUUUUCACUGCUGCCUAAACCCCAUCCUCUAUGCUUUCCUAGGAGUUAAGUUUAAGAAAUCAGCCAGGAGUGCACUGACAGCCAGCAGCAGAUCAAGUCAGAAAGUGACUCUCAUGACAAAAAAGCGAGGGCCAAUUUCAUCCGUGUCAACUGAGUCUGAGUCCUCAAGUGUUUUGUCAAGUUAACAAACUGUCAACCUCAGAAUCUGUGACUUGAACCCCUCAGGAGAGAAAAAAAACUAAGCUUUAAUUUCAAAGAACUUACUACAUUUUGUACAGAUGUAAAAAAAGAGUUUUUAUACACUUUGAUUUGUUUGCCUUGUUUACUGCAAUUGUGUGUCUUGUGAGGGUUUUUACUGCAUUUUUUCAUUUUUUUUUAUGUUCCUCAAAGCAGAUUGUGUCCUUAGGCAGUGCCUCAUUUCCAUUUAUUCAGCUUUACAAUCAAGAUCCAUUUCCCCUGUUUUCAUCUUUACAAUCUGUGUUGCUGUAUCAAAGCUCAGUCAUACAAUGCCCUCUUCUGUUUUCAGGGAUGGUAGCUGCUCUUGGGAACUGUACAUAGUUUGUAGCAUUUGUGUGUUCGCACUUAGGUUGUGUGAUUAUCUGAAAGCUAUUAUUUAUUGCCGUCAUUCACACUGGAAGUUUUAUAAAAGAAAUAAACUGCAUGCUGCUUUUUUACCA